AAGAGGAAAGAGAUGAAAGAGCGGAGCCCAGAAGGACAUGAAUUUGGCAAGAAUGGAAGAAAUGGCUCCCACCCUAUCAAAGCAGGGGGUGGUGUUGAAUUCUGGGAGAGAGCUGUGCAAGAGAUCUGGGACCAAGAGACCAUGAACUCAGAAGUACUUUGCCAACACUUCCAGCAGCUCCGCUACUGUGAUGCCAAUGGACCCCGUGAAGUUUGCAGCCAGCUCCAUGGACUUUGCAACCACUGGCUGAAGCCAGAAAGGCACUCCAAGAAGCAGAUCCUGGACCUGGUGAUCCUGGAGCAGUUCCUGACCAUCCUGCCCCAGGAAAUGCAGGGCUGGGUCAGAGAAUGUAGGCCAGAGACCAGUUCCCAGGCAGUGGCCCUGGCUGAAGGUUUCCUCCUGAGUCAAGCCGAGGAGAAGAGGCAGGAUGUCAGAUCCAUCUGUGAAGAUGGAAGCUGA